AUGACCUCGGAUGACUACUUCGAUGACAAUCUGGACUCAGCAUUUAUUCAAGCAGCCGAUGAUGCAGAAGCUGCUCAAGCCGCUCCUUCCUCGAAAUUUGGAGGUGCCACACCUAGCCGACAACCUGUGCGAGAGAUUAUUGAGCUCGACGACUCAGAUGGUUUUCCCAGCUUCGACGUGAACGACUUAGAUUUAGCGCACUUCGACGAGAUAUGUGAGAAAUAUCAGUCCGGCGGUCUGUCGGUUUCUCGUCCAGGUCCAGGAGACAGCAAUGCGCCGUUCAACCGCGCGACUUCAAAGGGUACCGUGCAGACGACACUCUUUGGCGAUAUUCUGCAGCAAGAUAACGCAUCCAGCAAGCCUCAUUCCUCCAAUUCUGUGCGCCCGGCGCGCAGGACCGAGUCGAGUUCCCACCACCCAUUUGGUGGUCGUUCUAAGAAAACGAAACAGUGGGACCAUACGGCGUUUGCGAAGACCGGAUGGAAGAAACCCAAGCCUAAGAAGGACAAUGGCAAAGGAAAUUCGAGGUCAUUUGCUGAGGAGAACGAGCAUGAGGAGGAAGACGUUGAGUUCGAGCAGUUUCCUGCUCCUGUCGUCUCCGUCGGGUGA